AUGGCGGCCGCGACUAUUACUGAAUCCCAGAGGGAGCUUAUCAGCUCCCUGUCUCCCGACGAUAUACCUAUCAAGCUACGCUGCGCGAACUGUAGUAAGCUGGCCGUGAAUGCGUUCAGGUUGCCGUGCUGCGAGCAGGCAAUAUGCGAAUCCUGCCAUUCUACACUGCCGUCCUCUUGCCCCGUCUGCGAGCAUUCUCCCCUCUCCGCCGAUGAUUGCAAGAUCCACAAGUCCUUGCGCACGACCGUGAGAGUCUUCCUCCGUAGCGAGGAGAAAAAGCGAGAUAACCUCAAGCUCAAGGAGGCGAAGGAGCAGGCGAAAGAGCAAGCCGCCGCUGAACAGGCUGCCGCUGAGCAAGCUGCCGAGGCGAAGCCGGCGUCGUCUGCGGUAACCACGGCUGGAGGCGGCCAGGUUUCUGAGCAGGCGGAGACACAACCUGCGUCUGCGACGCAAGAUGAGUCGGUGGCUCCAGCUCCUCAGGGAAAUGAGAUUGCCACAACUGAAGAAACCGAUCAGGACGGGGCGAAGAAGCCUACCGAUCAGGAUGAUACUGCUCCAACCGAUGCGGAGAAAGCCGGUGCCGAUGCUGCGGACGGUGCGAAUGACGAUGGUGAAUCGCAACAGCUUGUCCUCAAGCCCGCAGAUGGCGAGGUCGAAGGGACCGACGCGAAAGAGGAAGCCGAAGACGGCGCGCAGGCCCAAAGCGAAUAUCGCGCGAACUUCGGCUACGACGCUGCUAGCGGAGGCGCCUUUGCAAACAUGGGGUUCGCCGGGACGGGCGAUUUCAACCAGAUGCAGAUGAUGAUGGCUAUGCAGAACGGUUCCUUCAAUGGUUUUCCGAUGAUGGGAAUGGCAGGAAUGAACAUGGAUCCUAUGGCGAUGCAAAACAUGUACAUGAACAUGAACGGUGGCUACAAUCAAGGCAUGGGCAUGAACGGCAUGAACAUGGGCAUGGCGGGCUAUGGGGGAGGCAUGGGCGGCUCCAAUGAGAACUGGAACGAACAAGCGCAGUCAUGGAAUUUCGGCCAAGAUAAUUACAAUCAUGCAAACUCUCUUGGCAUGGGGCCCGGUGACUAUGGCAACUAUAACUCUGGAUUCCAGCAGCAGCAGAACCAGCAGACAGGUUUCAAUCAAGGUAACUUUGGUGGCCACCAGUUCAAUGACUACCGGAGAAACAACUACGGAUACCGCGGCAGGGGACGCGGCCGAGGAGCGGGCUUCCACGACGGCUACGGCCGGGGCCGGUAUCAGGGGUACUCUGGCGGCAACCAAGCCUACGGCCAUCAAUACCCUUAUCAGCAGAAUCAGAAUCAACAGCAGGCCUAUGGUCUAGGCGCCGCUGGCUCCGGUCAGGGGUAUAACAGCCAAAACGGCGUGAUGGCAGCAGAUGAUCCCUCCAGUCGGGAGCAGUCCAAAGUCGAUGAGUUUGGCCGUGAGAUCCGGCCUGAAGGCGGGAGCCCUGAUGACCGUGACGCCACCGCCUCUCAGCCUGACAAGAAUGAUUCCAAUGAGGCGGCCGCCCAUGGUGGGGACCAAGUAGGCAGCGGCAACAGUGGAGAACAGCAGCAGAAUCCUGAGCAAAGUGACCGUGCCGUAUCUGCAGAUGCCACUACUGGCGGCGGCAGCGGGAACUUUGGAAAGGUGACUUCGGUAGCUAACCCUGAUGUGCCCUUUAACGCCCCCACUGGUCCCAAGGCAAUGCGCCAGGGCCUACCCAAUACUAGUGUUGCCCACCUGCGUGCCCGUGGUCUUCUCGUUGACGAUGAUAGGGCUUCGUCGCCGUAUAGCCACGCGAAUGGCGGUGGUGACAUGAAGGGCAGCAGGCAUAGGUCUAGGAGUAGUUCUCCAUCCCGUUCCGAGCAUGAGUAUUACCGCGACCGAAGCCGUGACCGUGACCGCGAUCGUGACCGUGAGCGAGAUAGAGAUCGUGAUCGUGAUCGUGAUCGUGAUCGGGAUAGGACCCGCAGUGGUCGAGACGUCCGCGACAAGGAUUACGACAAGAAGAGAUCCGGAGGCGAUGGCGAUCGUGAGCGCGGAAGGGACCGCUCCAGAUCCACGGUGCCGAGUAGGAGUCGCAGCCGUAGUGGCAGCCGGAGGCGUCGGCACAAGAGCUCACGCCGGCACAGGCGCGAUAGGUCCGAGUCUGUAGCCAUGGAAGACGACGGUACCGACGAGCACCGUAAGCGGAGCAAGCACAGGAGCGGCAGGAAACACGCAUCUGGUGCCACGUCCACCGUUGAGGACGAGGGCGCUAGCAGCAAGUCCCGGUCGAAGACGGAAGACGGCAAGAGCUUGCAUGAGCGGUCGAGGUCCGCUUCGCCGGAUGACUCCAAGAGGCAUAGGAGCAGCAGGAGGGAUCGCGAUUCGGAGAAGCGUCGUGAUAAGGAGAAAUAUCGUGAUGAGGAGAGGGAGAGGAGGAAGGGACGGCAUGAUCGUGCGGAACGAGAUAGGGACCGUGACCGCGAGAAGGAUCGUGACCGUGACCGAGAUAGAGACCGAGAUCGUGAUCGCGAUAGAGACCGUGAGCGGGACAAAGACCGUGAGCGGGACAAAGACCGCGACAGGGACCGCAAGGGCCGCAGAGACAGAGAAAAGCGUCGAGAGGAGCGCAGAGAAGAAAGACACCGAAGCAGCAAGAAGCACACUCCCGAGCCACCCUCAGCUACCGACGCCAAGUCAGAUAAACAACAGUUUGAACCCCCGGCCAAGUCCUCAUCCCAUCCCGAGGGCCGCCGGGCCUCCCAAGCCUCCGCCUCCUCGGCCAAGGGCGGCAAGGAUCCGCACACGCUGGAGCGCGAAGCCCGAGACAGGGAGCGCCUGCUGAAGGAGGCGCAGAGGAUCGCGUCGCUGGCCGGUUCGAAGAGGAGCCGCGGCGAUGACGACGAGGAUUGGAAGAGGAGACGGAAGGGACGGAGGAGCGAGGUUGUUUCGGGGGAUGAUUCGGAGGCGAGGAUGAGGAGGUUGGAGGCGGAGAGGGAGGGUGGACGAUGGGGUUGA